AACUGAAAUCGUCAUCUAUUUGUUUAAAUUUAAAGAAAAAAGGGGAAAAAAAAAAUCAUACCUUUAAUCUGCAACCAUGGCUUUGAAGACAUGGCUUUGAAGAAAUGGAGAUAAAAAUUUAUAUUUUAACGUACGAAAGUAGCAAUGGCUGCAAUACACAAAGCAUCGAAAAAAUUAUCUUUCAAAAAAAAUUAUACGUAAAAAAAGAUAAGAUUUUUUUUUUUCCUGAUUUAAAGCGUAUUAUAAAAACGCGUUUUUAAACGUUGUUAUGAAAACUACGCUAUUUUUUCCGAUCUUAUUAAAAACUCGCCGUUUAAAACUGUUUCCAUAAAAACUCCGAUGUUUUGAAAAAAGCGCCGAUUAAACGGCGAUUUGCUAGCUAUUCUGAAGACCCACCACCCGUUUUGAGCUUCAAAGCCAUGUUCUUCUUCUCCUGAAACAACUGCAGGAACAGGACUCUCUCUUAAACAUGCCUGAGGACCCACAAGCUAAUAGGGGGUCCUCCAAAGAAGCCCCUCUGAUCAAAUAUGCCUUGUUCUUCCUCCUUAUUCAUGCCCACUUGGUGGAGUCUCGCGAGAAGACAGUCAUGGAAAAACCCCACAUUUCCAUUCUCGCCCUUAAAGUGCCUGCUUGUAGGUCCUCUCUCUGUGCUCUACUUCUCUUCUUCUUCUUAUUUCCCCCAAAUCGAAGAAGAUGAAGAAGAACCCCCUGUUGCAGAAGAAAUCUUUAGAGGGGCCCCAACAAUGGGUCCUUACAAACAAGGGGAUUCUACCUUCUUCUCCCUUGUGCAGACAUAUGCCGACUCUGGAGACUUUGUUUUAUUGAAUCAGGUAUUCACGAGAAUGAAGAGAGAGAAUCGAGUUUUUACAGAGAAGCUCUUCAUUCUUGUGAUAAAAGCUCAUGGGAGGGCUGGCUCGUAUGAAUCUGCCAUCAAAGUGUUCGAUACAAUGAGAGACAGAUACAAUUGCCCGCCCACCAUUAGGUCCUUCAACUCUGUGCUCAAUGUUCUGGUGCAAUCCUGCAACUUUCAUGGGGCACUGGCCUUCUAUCAUCGAGUAUUACGAAUUGGUGGGCUCGCCCCAAAUUCCCUCACCUUCAACCUCAUCAUCAAGUCACUCUGUAAGCUUGGGUCUAUCGAUCAGGCUGUAGAGAUGUUUAGGAAGAUGAACAGCAAGGGUUGCCCCCCUGAUCUGUUUAGUUAUAGUACUCUGAUUGAUGGGUUGUGCAAAGAAGACAGGAUAGAGGAGGCCAUUGCCUUAUUGGACGAGAUGCAGGUUGAGGGAUGCUUUCCAAGUGUUGUUACCUUUAAUUCUUUGAUUCAUGGAGUGGUCUGUAAAAGAGGGGAUAUGGGGCGAGCUUCCAAGCUCUUGGACAAUAUGCUCCUCAAAGGGUGCACCCCAAACCAAGUGACUUAUAACAUCCUCAUUCAUGGACUCUGUGUUAAGGGCAUGCUAGAUAAGGCUGUCACCCUUCUGAGCAAGAUGGUGUCGGAGAAGUGUGUGCCCAAUGCAGUUACCUAUGGCAGUCUGAUCAAUGGGUGCGUUAAGCAGGGGAGAUGUGGCGAUGCUAUUAAGUUCUUAUCAGACAUGGCAGGGCAGGGUUGCCUCCCAAAUGCACACAUUUAUUCUAUUCUCAUAAGUGGUUUUUUCAAGAAGGGGGAUUGUCAAGCUGCAUUGAGGCUAUGGAGAGAGAUGGUAGAGAGAGGUUGCGAGCCGAACACUGUUUCUUACACAAGCCUUGUGGAUGGGUUAUGUAGAGUGGGGGAAGUUAAAGAAGCUAAGAAGUUCUUUGAGGAGAUGGUGAACAAAGGCUCUGUGCCCAAUGUGGUCACCUAUAGUUCUUUGAUGAAGGGCCUCUUUGAGUCGGGUAAGUUCUCAGAAGUGGCUAUCUUGUGGAAGGAGAUGAUAGAAUCAGGUUGCACCCCCAAUGCCAUCACUUACAGUGUGCUAAUUCGUGGGUUUUGUUGGGAUGGGAAGCUGAAGGAGGCCUGGGCAGCAUGGAAACACAUGCUCGAUAGUGGUUGCAAGCCCGAUGUUGUGGCAUAUACUACACUUAUUAAUGGUUUAUGUGAUGCUGGCCAAGUUGAUGAGGGUCUUAAGCUUCUUGAUGACAUGGUGUGUCGAGAAUGCUGGCCAGAUGUGGUUACAUUCAACAUAAUUUUGGGUGGCCUUUGCAGGGGUGGGGAGCUUUCACGUGCAGUCGGCCUCUUGAAGCGGAUGAUUGACUCGGGUUGUGAUCCUGAUACAAUUACAUGCAAUGUCUUCUUGCAAUGUUUGAUGGAGAAGGGAUUAUAUGAUGGGGCAGAACAGUUCAUGGAGGAGCUUGUUAGUCACAUGAUUGAGAGGGGGCGGGUUAAUGGGGCUUCUGCUGUGCUUGAAGUUAUGCUGCAAAAGUGGCUUCUUCCGAAUAGUUGUACAUGGGAGAAAGUUAUUCGAUGCCUCUGCAAGCAUAAGAAGAUACAGAAGACCAUUUACAAGUCUUUUGUGGAACUCUUUGGAUGAUCUUGGAUCUUGGCCCUGCUUAUUCUUUAUCUGAAAUGUGAUAUCAUGCCUUGCUUUGGUCUUGAAGAAAAUGCCACUUGUUCUUUGUCAAUGGCAUCUUUAUGAAGAUCCAUGCUGGACUUAAAUUUGUUUCUGGAGGGAACUCUAUGGCUGAUUGUUACGGUUUCAUCUGGCAACAAGUUGGUAAUGUUCUGCUCAGCCCCCAGAGGCUACCAGUUUACUCCAAAUAUCGCAAAUCCAUCAAGAUGAAAGCUGCUGAAGUUUAUCCCAUCGAUUGGCAAAUUGUCAACUGCUCAAGAAAUUUCGGAUUUGACUGAUUUGGAAGAGAGUUAAUUCAGGGGAUUCAAAGCCUGAGAUAUUGUUCAUUUUAGAUGCACAAAAAUCGGGUGCAUUCCUUUUGAAAAUUAUAGAGGGCAAGAUGACUGGCGCAACAAAGGCUCAUGAAUGUUGGCCCGCACAAGGUAACUGACGAGCUAGUUGGAAGCUUUCUGGGAAGUAAAAGUGGAAAAUUCGUGCUUCAUUUGAUCCAUGGAACAGCAAGGUCAGCUGCUUGGUGACAUGGUGGAUGCAGAUUUUGAGGUGUAGUAGAAAGGCCCUCCCUAGUAGUGUAAGAGUAAGAAAAGAUGCAAUUUUUUGGCCCUUUCUUUUAUUUGUAAAAAAUGUAGCAAAUCCCAACCAAAAAUUUCACUCAAAAAGUUUGGGGGAAAUAAAACUGUUAGCCGAAUGAGCAAGAAUUUCACUCAAAAAGUUUGGGGGAAAUAAAACUGUUGGCCGAAUGUGCAUGUGUUGAGGCUGAUCAUUCAUGUUUUCUCAGAGAAUAAUAUACGGAGCCUUUUCCAAGGAAGAAGAGUCCCUUAUUCCAAGAAAGAAAAGGGGUUUUGGGCGGGCCAGAUUGCUUUAGCAACCAGUGUAGACAUUAAUCUUCACGCUACAGUAAUGAAGGUUACUAAUUGGUUGAUGCAUGGUGAUGUUGCUUUUCACAUCAUCAAUCCAAAGAGGUGUUACUGCUGUCACAAAUAGCACCAUACAAACAACAUUCAUUUGUUCUAAGAAAAUUCAAUUUGGUUUUCCUUUUAGAAAUUUUUCCUUUUAGUGUCAUUGGCUCCUACUGAUAUUCGGCAAGCAUAUUCCUGAACCGACAAUACACUUGUCAAAUAUUUGAGAGUUCUUGACGGAGCUAUUUGUUUUUAUUCUUUUGAUGCAGUUAUUU